GGGGAGAUGAGGAAACUGUGUUGGUGCGGUUGUGUGUGUGUGUGCGUGUGGGACGGCUCUGCAAAGAAGAGUAAUGGCACAGAAAAUACUAGAUCCACAAGAAACACCCCAGAUCAUCUGCAUUGAGUUCCCAGCUCUUGUUGAAGAUGAGGAAAAAGCUGUGAAAUGCCUUGGUGGCAUGGACAAUAUUAACAAGGUGAUCGCAGAUCCGGGCAACCGGCGCAUGGAGCUGCGCUUCCGGCCCGACGACGUGUUCUGCAAGCCGACCUGCACCGAGCCCAAGGACACGCAAGGUCUUCUGCUUCGAGUGAAAUGCCGUAGAAAGAAGAACUCAACAGAACCUCCAGUCUUCAGCACAGAACUGCUUGGUGUUCUUGGAAGCACUUUCAGGUUUACCAACAUGUGCGACUUCCAGUUCCUGCCGAUGGACGAGACUGGCAAGUCGAUAUACGACCAGGUGGUGCCGACCUCCUGCCUGGACACGGAGUACCCGAACCGGCAAGCCCCACUGUUCGUGCCGCCGGUGGCGUUCUCCAGGGUGGAUACGCCGCAGAACUACUGCUACCGCCGGCCUCCCACCAACCGCCUGAUGAACGGGCCGCUGCCGGAGGGACGCCGGCGCCGCCGCUACGGCGCCCAGGCCGUCUCGCACCUGCAGCCGAACAUGCCGCAACAGCCGCUGGUCGACCGGCGCACGUUCGAGGAGCGCGUGCGCAUCCGCGGCCUGCUCGGCGACCUCAGCCAGCUGAAGCAGCUGUUCGAGGAGCGACCGGUGAUGUCGCGCGCGCUCAUCUACUUCCGCAUGGGCGGCACCAAGGACCGGCUCAAGUACCUGCUGCCGCUGGCCGCCUACUACUUCAAUACGGGCCCGUGGCGUAACAUGUGGGUGCGGCUGGGUUAUGACCCACGCACCGACCCGCACGCCUGGAAGUACCAGAUCAUCGACUACCGCACGCGCAGCGCCGUGUUGAAAAACAAGAUGGCGCUAAAGCGAGCCCUCAGCGUCGUGCCCUACCGCUCUGUGAACGCUUCCAAACACAAGAUGUCCUCCAUCAACGCGAAGAACUUAGAGGACGUCGAGAAGGCCAAGGAGGAGCCGCGCAUCGACACGGACUUCGCCUUCCGUCCCGGCAUGGUGCCCACGGCGCGCCAGAUCUUCUACCAGUACUGCGACAUCGAGGUGCCCGAGGUGAGCAAUGUUCUGGCGGAGGCUCCCACCUCGACCUACUCGCCGGAACUCGGCUGGAUCCGAUCGGGCACGGAGGAGCACGUGCGCACCAUCAUCACCUCCCACGUGGACGCCUUCGUGGCCAGCAACUCCGCCGAUGGCGGGGCCGGUGACCUGUCUGACCUCUCCGACGCCGACGACCCGGACGUCGCCGAGGAGCCCGACACCGACGACAGCGACGAGGACGGCGAUGCCGACGGCGCCGGCGUCGACGGCACCUGAGCGCGCGGUGACGUCACGUGAGAGGGCGCUACCGGCCGUUUCUUCUGCUGUGGAAAGCUGCGCCAUGGGCCGUGGAUAUGGGACAACGUUUUACACGAAAGAAAGCGCUCCAAACGCGACACCUGGCGUACGUGUUCGGUACUGCGCACCGAAACUGCCAUUUGCAGUGUGGAAUCUUACGCGACACAGUAUUGUUGUGGAGGCGAGCGUUGCCUGAGGAUCUCAUGUCUACAUUGGUUCAUGUCGCCGAAUAGCUGGACCGCAACGCUGUACGUCUUCCUCCCUUGUCCCGCUGCGUGCUACCCACGCGAGCAGAUGAGCUUAUGCUGCAGUUGACCUCCGGCCGAAAAUGGCUGUGGUCACAGGCCCAUGUGGGGCAAAGUUUGUUUGUCGACAUACGCAUUCAUGAGUGUUGGUGCUGUGGUUCAUGCGUGUGUCCAGCGAUUCCAGCAGCGGGUUGUUGCCGAGCGAAGGCGUGUGGACCGCGUCAGCUCGGACCGGUGGACUGUGCCGUGUCUCCCCGCCGCUGCCGUUUCUCUGCCCCGGCUGCUGCGCGCCGGGCGGAUUGAAGGCCGGUACAAGGUGACGUCACCGUGGACUGGUGACGUCACCGCGGAGAGCGCCGCCAUCCGCGGCCCUGGCGUGGUCCAGCAGGCCGCCUGUGUGGGCCGCCGUCCACAUCUGCCGCCGGUUAGCUGAACAGCGUGUGACGUUCGGUGGGACCGUGUCCGCUGCAGUCACGCAUCAAUGCCUGUCAAUAUAUGUGAGUCUGCGCUG